AUGUAUAUAUCCCCUCCCGAUCUCGUCAAUGAAAAGUCCACAGAAAACCCUGUGCUGAUGUAUCAAUUACAACAUCUACCGCAUCCAAUUAUCGGCGAACGAAACUGUGAUGACCAUAGCCACCGUACAAAAACCGUUGACAAACUUCCAGAUGUCAGAAUAUUUGUCUCCAACGUGAAGGGGUCCACAGCCCAACACAUUGAAUGGACGUCAAACCCAACGUACCCAAGGGGCUGUGAUCUGAGGUUUAAGCUGACACGGUAUGCAGAACAACUGUCUACGCAGAGAAUCAGUCAAAAAUUCGUGACCAUUCAAAACGCCACCACUGAAAAUUUACUUCCAGAAACCACUUAUGUCUACAUUGCCACUGUUUACAGCCAGAAGCUUGGAUUUCAAUACCGGAAAUCGAUAAGCCGAAAGUUGAGGACAAACAGAGCCGUUGACAAACUUCCAGAUGUCAGAAUAUUUGUCUCCAACGUGAAGGGGUCCACAGCCCAACACAUUGAAUGGACGUCAAACCCAACGUACCCAAGGGGCUGUGAUCUGAGGUUUAAGCUGACACGGUAUGCAGAACAACUGUCUACGCAGAGAAUCAGUCAAAAAUUCGUGACCAUUCAAAACGCCACCACUGAAAAUUUACUUCCAGAAACCACUUAUGUCUACAUUGCCACUGUUUACAGCCAGAAGCUUGGAUUUCAAUACCGGAAAUCGAUAAGCCGAAAGUUGAGGACAAACAGAGUGAACACAACUAUCACAGUCAAAGGAGUCAUACUGGGAAACGGUUCCGUGAAAAUCAAGUGGAAUAAAGUACAACUGGGUACCAACGUGCAGGUUCGGGUGAUUAACAACAAAUCAGAAUUUAUCGUCAAAGGUACCAGAAUAUCAAGCCGAAUAGAGAAUUUGACUGCGUGCACAGCCUAUGGUUUGUGGAUUGAGCUGAUGAAUGGGAAAACGGAAAUCAAUAGAUUGUGGUUAGGCAAUGUAACAACAAAAUACCCAGUUCUCGAAUCGCCGGAUGGUUUCACCGCUGAACAGCUGGAAAACAGAAUGGGACACCGGCUUCAAUGGUUUCCAGUUUCCACCAAUUUGUCCCUUUCGUGCCGUCUCUCAUACCGGGUGACUCGCACCACCCGAAUACAUAACAGUACAGAAGAGAAACACUUUACUUUAGAUGCAACAGAACUAAACUUGUUCGAUCUAAAGCCAAACGUAAGAUACUUUUACAAAGUACAAGCGGUGCUCAACUCCGUACAUUAUGGAAGGUACUCGGACUCCGUAAGAAUCGACACGCCACCAAAAUCAUUCUUUUAUUCGCACAUUCAUUUUGUCGCAUUUUUUUAUUCAACUCGGAAUUGUGCCAAUCAGCUUUCACGCAUUUACCGCGCACCGCCGGAUAAACAGGUCUAUCUUGCACUCACGGACGAUUGUUGUUUAUCAUACAGGGAUAUCUUCCACUGGUCUUUGAUUCGUAAUCGAGAUGGAGACGCAGCUGAAAUGGUGUCCCACAUUGUGAUGUGA